CGUGGGGAAGGGGCAGGAUCGCCACCCUGGGGCGCUCCUCCCUCCGUCUCGGCAAAGAGAGAAGCAGCAGCAGCAGCGUCGCCUUAGCCGCGAGAGGAGCGCGAAGAAGCGAUGCUGGCGGCGGCGCGGGGCGCCUUCUUCUUCCCGGCUGCUGCUGCGUUCUGGUGCCUACGGCGGGUCUCCCUCGCUGCGCUGCUGCUGGCGGUUCUGGAUUUGAAUGUGCAGGGCAGUCUUCAUCCUCUGCAGCGUACAAAAAGGAGAUGGGUCAUUACUACCUUGGAUCUUCAGGAGGAAAGCAAAGGGCCAUUCCCAAUGCUUGUUGGAGAGCUCUUCAAUGAUGCAACACUUGAUUUAUCCGUAAAAUAUUUAAUCCAUGGACCUGGUGUGGAUCAAUAUCCAGAGAUUGGAUUGUUUUCUAUUAAGGAUGACGCUAACGGAAGUGUAUAUGUCCACCGUUCCAUUGAUCGUGAGAGAACACCUUUUUUCUUGAUACGCUUUGAUGUUGCAAAUCGAAUGACAGGGGAAAUAGUGGACAGAUCUUUAUUCUUCAACAUUGAAGUCAGGGAUAUAAAUGACAAUGCACCUGAAUUUCUCAAGAAGGAAUUUAACAUCAGUAUGAAAGAAAACCAUGAUAGAAGUGAGCCCAACUUCAAUGUCACAGCCUCUGAUAAAGAUAAAGAAGGCACUGAAAAUUCUCGAGUGACAUAUAGCCUGGUUUUGCAGACGCCUCGUCCAAAAGAACCUGUCUUCACUGUUGAUUCUUCCAGUGGCCAGAUACGCAUUUCAGGAUGCUCAGAUUAUGAGGCUAUCAAAAGAUUCACACUUCUGAUCAAGGCUGUAGACCAUGGAUCUCCCCAAUUGUCCUCAACAGCAACAGUUAACAUUGCUAUGGAAGAUUCCAACAACAACAUCCCUGUAUUUACCCAGGAAAAUUAUCACUUGGAUGUGCCAGAAGGGGAAAUGGAACAUGAUGUCCUACGUCUCGCUGUGGAAGACCAAGAUUCUCGCAACACAUCUGCAUGGAGAGCAAAGUACAAGAUUGUGAGAGGAAAUGAAAAACACAACUUCAUCAUUGAGACAGAUCCUGAUUCCAAUGAAGGAGUUUUAAGCAUUGUAAAGCCAUUGACCUACCAUGGCAUCUCUGAGAGGAAACUUGUAAUUUCUGUGGAGAAUGAAGAACCCAUGUUCAUUUGUUCCAGAGGCCAAAUGAUGAGCUCUCCUGGACCCCCCAGAGAAACAUCUGUGAAAAUUAAUGUCAUAGACAGAAAUGAUGCUCCUCAAUUUAAUCCCCCUGUCCUCAUUCUCCGGCAAGAGGAAGAGUUGGAUCCUGGGACCAGGCUUGUACAAUACACAGCUAGGGAUUUGGAUAGCUCACAUCUCAUAAGAUACAAGGUAGCUUCUGACCCAUAUGGUUGGGUAACUGUCAAUGAAAGCUCUGGAGUUGUGACGACUAUGAAGAAACUGGACAGAGAGGCUCCCUAUCUGAACAGCAGUGCAUACACCAUUGUGAUUCAUGCCAUUGACAAUGGUGUUCCGCCCCUAACUGGCACAGGCACCAUCCAGCUUCAUCUGAUUGACAUUAAUGACAAUGAACCCAUGCUCAUUACACCAUCUUUAGAAGUCUGUGAUGGAAAAGGCAAAGGCCCUUUCAUUAUAAAAGCAAAGGACAAAGACUCCCAUCCAUAUGCAGAGCCUUUUACAUUCCAGCUAGAUGGGGACUCGGACAACACGAAGAAUUCUUGGAAACUGGGAGAGAACUUUGGUGAUUCAGUUGAACUCUUUAUGUUGAGAAGCCUCCCUCUUGGCCAUUAUGUGUUACCUAUUCAGAUCUUGGACAAGCAAGGGUUUUCCAAGACACAGACCCUGGAUGUCCGGGUGUGUCAUUGCAGGGAUGGGAUCAUGUGUGCGCAAGAGUUAAGAGCUGCAUCCAUUGGUCUUGGAGGGAAUGCAGUUGCUGCAGUCAUGGUUGCCAUUUUGUUACUGAUAUUGAGUAUAGGUCUACUACUAUGGUGUUCCUGCAGGUCUGAAACUGAGAAAGGCCCUGGCUACAUACCAUAUGAAAUGGGCAACCAAAGUCUGAUCCAUUAUAAUGAGGAAAGUCAACAACAUGGGCUGCCUCAGGAUGCUCCUGAUGGGGGGAAUCACAAAGUGCGGCCCCCCGUGUAUGCACACAUUUCAAAAGGAAAAGCCCUGCCACAAGGAGUUCUGGAUGUGCAUGAAAUGAUUCAGGCAAAGCCAACAGGAGACGACAACUAUACUAACGGAAUGAGAAUAUUGCCACAAGACCACCAGCUUAUCCAGAAUCAGGUGACCUUACAUCCCCCAACCAAUAGCAUCCAGUGGAAGAAACCUCAUGACAGGAUUAUGGAAGCUGUGAACAAAACUUUGAAUAAAAAAUGGUAUCAAAUGAUCAACAUGGAGGACAACAUUGCUUCUCACUCACCUCAUGUUUAUGCAGAAGAAGGAGAGUUGGAGAACUGUGAAUCCUUUUUGUCCUUACCUGUUGCAGAUGAUGACAACAGCAGCCUGCCUCCUGAUUUCUUAGACAUAUUAGGGCCCAGGUUUGCCACUCUGGAGAAAAUCUGCAGCAAGUGAUUUCCCACCCUCUGACCUAAUUGCCUGUGAGUGGCUGGAUGCCUCCCAAACCAUUUGGACUUGAACCAUGUAUACACUGAGGAGGAAGAUGCUUGAGAAUGUGUCCAGCAAGUUUCCUGUUGGGAGGAAAUUGAAUCCCUUUUGGAGAACAGAACAAGCCAGUAGCUUCAGUCUUCAAAUCCAUUCUCAAGUUCUUUCCUUAGCUUCCCAAGUUCCUUGUGAAAGUCUUUCUCUUUUUUGUGAAAUAGUUAGUUCCUCUGAAAAGCAAGAAGCAGGUCUCAGCCAGUGUUCUGUGCACAAUUUCCCUCCCACUUGUUCAACUCCCUACACCUCAGCAGGCCCCCAAGCAGCCAUCUUGUGCAAGCCCUUGGGUGUACAUAAGAACAGCCCUGCUGUAUGAGGCCCAACCAAGGCCUAUCUAGGCCAGCAUCCUGUUCCACACAGAGGCCCGCCAGAUGCCCUUGGGAAGCUCACAAGCAAGAGAUGAAGGCAGGCCCUGUUUCUCCUAAAAUGUACCAAAAAUAACAUUCUGCAUCCUCUGCACCUUCCGUAUGAGGCAAGGCUUCAGCAUCUAGGGCUCUUUAGUUUGGAAAAGAAGUGACUACGGGGAGACAUGAUCGGGGUGUAUAAAAUGAUGCAUGCUGUAGAGAGAGUGGACAGAAAGAAAUUUGUCACCCUCUCUCACAACACUAGAACUAGAGGUCAUCCCAUGGAACUGAAGGUUAUAAAAUUUAGGACUGACAAGAUGAAGUACUUCUUCACACAGCGAAUAAUUAAUCUAUGGAAUUCUUUGGCAUGGGAUGUAGUGAUGGCCACCAGCUUCAAUGGCUUUAAAAGGGUGUAACUAUUAGGUAGUAACAGUCUUUCCUUUCCUGUAAAGAGUGAACCAGAAGUGUACCCUGUCCUUACUGACAGGCUAGGGAUCAGCC